AUGAGCGACGGAAGUAUCAGCGUGGGAGCCCAGCACGGGCCCGGGAACAGGGGGCGUAACAAUAUUAGUCUAGGCAACAAGGCCGGGUUUACUGGACAGCACCGCGAUGCCAUUGCCAUUGGGUACGGGGCCGGGCACCGCGACCAGGGCGACACGAGCAUUGCCAUUGGACGGUUCGCGGGCUCGACGUCGCGGCACGCCCACACGAUUGUGGUUAAUGCAACGGGAAAGGCCAUGAACACGCAGCACACGAAUGCCACGUUAAUUGGGCCCGUAAACGAAACGACACCGGAUCCCAAGCUGCAGCUGCUCGCGUACGAUCUGGAUACGGUGCUCGUGGUAUCACGUCCGCCCGAUUUGGGUAUUGUGGGCGUGAAAUCCAACUCUAAAUCUAAUUAUAAUUCUGAUUCUAAUUCUGAAUCUAAUGGUGAAUCUAAUUUGGUGCGACAAUCGUCGUCACUGAGCUUUCAACUGGCCACGGGCGCGAUGUCGACCGUAACCCUGCCACGCAUGGGCGACCCAGGGUCCCAGGGUCCCAGGGGCGCAUGUGUUGACCAGAUCGUCAAAGCGCCCGACAGACGGACAGCGUGGUCCACGAUCUGGGUCCGUUCAAGGGCCCAAAGGGUCAGGUGGGCUCGGGCGUGGCCAAUGUCCGCGUAG